CCUCGCGCUCCAUAUACGGACAAACUGGAGACUCUUGGACUACCUUCGUUUGCGGGGUUGGCGGGUGUAAAAGGCAGAGGCCUAUCGCGCGCCGCCAUGGACGAUAAAGACCCGCCGCCAUUCGGCUAUACCUUCUCCGGCGACUUCUUCUCUGGGUCGCCGUCCAAUGCUGUCGACAACCAGACCUCGCUUCUGAGCGACACGGAAUCUCAGUCGCUGACAGAUUUCUUCAAUAACACGGGCUAUUUCGAUCCCUACAUGCCCUUUCCCGAAACAAAAAAUGUACAGGAUGACAUGGCCUGGGGAUUUGUUCCCCCGGCGAGCAUACACGCUGUUUCCACCACGAUCCCCGAUCAAUCCCAACUUCACCACCCAUUCGCCAACGACCGUUUCACGAUACCGCAGCAUACAAACCAUGGCCCUCUAUUCAACACCACAGAUGAUCUGCGAGCCGCAUCUACCCUGUAUAAUCAUGCACAAAUGCCACAGGCGCCCCAGGCAGCCCAGAGGUCUCACAGCUUUCAUGCUUUACCAAAUGCCAACCAGGCGCCACUGAAUAACCACAUGAAUGGCUACUCUUCAGGUACCUUCAAUGGCUUGCCUAUGGUCCCCACUCCGCAUGGUAUGGUCAAUGAGCAGAUUGCUGCCCUCUUGCCACGUCACGAUGCGAAUGGGAGUGUCGAUGCCCAGCUCGUUGCCGAGUUUGCAACAAGCCCUGCGCACGAACGUCACGAAGCCGAGCUGCGGGAGCAUGGAAUUAUAAGGCAGCCACUCAAACGGACGUAUACUUAUGGAACUGACAGCUCGUUCAACGAGGCCGGUUUCCAAGUGUCCUCGAAAGAAGAAACAGAGGAACAUGUGACCAGCCGCUUGAUUGCGGAGCUGCAGCACGCUCAGCCCCUAGCGAGGCCGGUGAUUGUUAGCGCGAGCGGGCCCAACCUUAAGAGCCCAGUAGCGUUCAAGAACCCACAAGGCGACAUGCCGAGUGAAGAGGACGGCCACUCGGAGGAUAUCACUUCGGGCGGCGAAGAGGGUGAGGAGAAGGCCGCUAAGAUGAAGAGAAAGGGCAAAACGGCGGUCAAGAAUAGCAAGAGGAAGGCGGCACCCGCGACGGGCGGUAAAAAUCGCAAAGCUUCUGUAGAUGAUAGAGUGAGCAAGAAGAAACGCGGUUCCGUGGCGGCCCAGAAACUUCAACGGGAAAACCUAUCCGAGGAACAGAAACGUAGCAACCAUAUUCUUUCGGAGCAAAAACGUCGUAACCUCAUCAAGCGUGGCUUCGACGAUUUGGCUGAGCUCGUUCCUGAGAUACGAACGGGAGGCCUCAGUAAAAGUGGUGUGCUGACGGAGGCGGCAAAUUUCCUCGAGUUUCUCAUUACGAGCAACAAGCAACUUGAAGAGCUUGUGGGCGACGACGACGAUGAUGGCUGA